AUGGCAGCUCAAGUCUCGAACGGAGGUGGUGGAAAUGCUGCGUUCAAAGACAAGGAAAAGCCCAGAGCUGUCCGUAGUGCCAACAUUAUUGCUGCAAGAGCUGUUGCCGAUGCCAUCAGAACAUCGCUGGGACCAAAGGGUAUGGACAAAAUGAUCCAAACGGGCAAGGGCGAGACCAUCAUCACAAACGACGGAGCCACCAUGCUCAGGCAAAUGAGCGUCAUGCACCCUUCGGCAAAGAUGCUCGUCGACCUUUCGUACGCACAGGAUAUCGAGGCCGGAGAUGGUACAACUUCAGUGGUGGUCAUUGCAGGAAGUCUGUUGGGUGCUGCUGAGCGGUUACUGUCCAAGGGCAUCCACCCCACAGUCAUCUCAGAGGCCUUCCAAAGAGCCGCACAAGAGGCAAUCAACAUCUUGACCGGAAUGGCCAUACCCGUUUCCCUCACAGAUCGACAGGUCCUUCUCAAGACCGCCACCACCGCCCUCUCCUCCAAGAUUGUCGCACAAGAGCCAAAACUGCCCAUCAUGGCCGUGGAUUCAGUACUCAAGAUCAUUGACCCCAAGACUGCCGACAACGUGGAUUUGAAGAACAUCAGGAUGAUCAAGAAGGCGGGCGGCACAAUUGAAGACAGCGAGAUGAUUGAUGGACUGGUGCUAAAUCAGCCAGUGGUGAAGAGCGCGGGCGGCCCCACACUCAAGGAGAAGGCACGGAUAGGUCUGAUUCAGUUCCAGCUCAGCCCGCCGAAGCCAGACAUGGAGAAUCAGAUCGUCGUCAACGACUACAGGCAAAUGGACAAGAUUCUGAAGGAGGAGCGCACAUAUUUGUUGAACAUGGUCAAGAAGAUCCAAAAGGCAAAGUGCAAUGUCCUCUUCAUCCAAAAGUCUAUUUUGCGCGAUGCCGUCAACGACCUCAGUCUGCACUUUUUGUCGAAGCUCAAGAUCCUCGUUAUCAAGGACAUUGAGCGAGAUGAGAUUGAGUUCAUUUGCAAGAGCACGGGCUGCAAACCCAUCGCAGACAUCGACUCCUUCACCGAAGACAAGCUCGGUUCCGCCGACCUCGUUGAAGAAGUCCAAGCUUCCGGCGCCCGCUACGUCAAGGUUUCUGGCGUCAAGUCCAGCGUGAACACCGUCUCCAUUGUCUGCCGCGGCGCCAACAACCUCAUUCUCGACGAGACGGAGCGCUCGCUGCACGACGCCCACUGCGCCAUCCGUUCGCUCGUCAAGAAGAAGGCCCUACUGGCCGGUGGCGGGGCCCCAGAAAUCGAAAUCGCACACCAGCUCUCGCUGCGCGCGCGCGAACUCUCCGGCACAGAAGCCAUCUGCUGGAAGGCGUUUGCAGACGCGAUGGAAGUCAUUCCCACGACGCUGGCGGAGAAUGCGGGGCUCAACAGCAUUAAGGUGGUCACGGAGCUGAGGCAUCGACACGCGCAGGAUCAGAAGAAUGCAGGCAUUAGCAUCAAAAGUGGCGGUGUGAAGAAUGACAUUAGCGAGGAAAAUGUGCUGCAGCCGUUGUUGGUCAGUACGAGUGCGAUUGAGUUGGCGGCGGAGACGGUCAAGAUGAUUUUGCGGAUCGACGAUAUUGCGCUUUCGAGGUAG